AUGAUACUCGUCGCGUUGGUCGCUCUUCUCCACAUGUUUGAUGGGAAACCAGCACCAAAUUGGCGAUUUGGGCUUACUCUCAACACCAUCGUUGCGUUUCUUUCCACCAUCUGCCGAGCAACGAUGAUGGUCCCGGUAACUGUGGCCCUAUCUCAGCUCAAGUGGAAUUGGAUGUCUUUGGACUUGAGGCCGUUGAGGGAUCUCUACCUUUUUGACCAAGCCAGCCGCUGUUCAUUUUGGUCGGUGCGCUUACUCCUAAGACUACGUGGAAGGUACAACGCCAAUUGCACCGCUUUUAAGAAACUUUAUCUUGCUGAUGCAAAGAACCGCAGAUUCAUCCCUCUAGCGUCAGCCGCAUCCGUGGCAUUAGUUGUGAGCUUGGUCAUAUCGUCUGUUACCCAGUCAGCAAUCGGAUAUAGACUGGGGAAUGUUCUCAUCAAACCGGGCGGCGGAAAUUAUAGCAUCGGUGCUUUCGCCCCAAUCAGCACAGAAUACCCAGGAAGUAUCAAUAGAAAUGAGAGCCAGGAAGAUUUUCAGCUCUCUCGCUGUUACAGCAUGCUGAACGAGCCUGUAGCACUAGAAGGUAGCAACACUUAUGAGCGAGUCAACAUGGUCGUUAUCGUUGUUGCCCAAACCACACGACUGGGUGUGGAUGUUGUCAAAAGCUCAAAUAUCGCAGAGCUCUUUGCGCUUCAAGGCUCCGGCGACAAAUACAUGGAUGACAGCUUGUCUGGAGGCAUCAGUACAACUCUCGCCGACGAAAGCCUGCAGUGCCCAGAACGCCCCAUGCCGUUGUUCAACACUCGCCAACCAGCCUCACUCUGUGAGCGCUGCAAGGUGGUGGCCUUUGACGAUGCCGAAUUUGAAGGCUUCAAACGAGUCAAGACCAAAGACAGCGACUACCUAGGCUACGAUCUCCCUGAAAAACAGCAGGAAGGCGACGAGGAGUUCGAGUUCCGACUCGACUUUGACUUGGAAGACACUUUCCCCCACCUUCCCCAGCUCACCCAAGGCGCGGCAGAUGGCUGCGGCUUCUGCGGCUAUCUCAAACACCUUUUGCUGUCUGAUGAUGUCCAAUGCCGAUUGGGCGAUCUGAUCGUAGAACGAGGGGAUCGAGAGCUCACCGUCUCCAUUUUUCUCUUCUAUCGCUGGGGAACAUGGCUGUUCUUUGACAGUCAAGGGCUGGACUCAUUGGUCGUUGGCUUGUACAUGAACGCGCGGGACUUCCAAACCAUCGACAACAAUGGGGACCUUGAGAUGGAGAUCAUUCUGAGCAUAGGAUCUGACGAAACUCUCGAUUCUGCCGACGAUGCAUGUGCAGACUGGCUAAGACUAUGGCCUUCCACGCAGACUGAUCACCUAACGGAACGGAAGCUAAAUUGGAUAACGUCCCAUGUACGGGACUGUGCUGAGGGCCGACAUUCAUAUAAAUGCUUACAUGGAGAACGGGAAAAUGCCUCAUCUUUUCCAACUCGUCUAGUGGAUAUUGCUGGGCCGAUUCCUCGUCUGGUGUACGGAGACCAGAUCAUCGCCGAAGCUGAGCGUAAUGGACGAGAAAUUCCGAAAUACGCAGCCUUGAGUUACUGCUGGGGGUUGGAGUCUCAUGCAAGAGCCCAGCUCAAAACUACAGCAGCAUCAGAGGAGACGAUGCGAUUGGGGAUACCAAUCGAAUCCUUGACAGGAACGAUAAGGGACGCUGUGCGGGUUGCUCGAGCGUUUCAGAUUCCUUUGCUCUGGGUGGACAGUCUUUGCAUCAUCCAGGACGACAUUGCUGACUGGGAGCGGGAAGCAAGUCGAAUGGGUAUAGUAUACUCCCAUGCCUUUGUCACUUUCUGCUCCUUGGGCUCAUCAUGCCACACGAGCUUCCUGCAGCCUCCUUCUCCAACCAUUCUCAUCCCCUUCCAGUCAUCUCUCAAUGAUGAGAUCAAGGGCGCGUAUGUCCUGCGCUACUCGACUUGUGCGAUUGGCAAAGUCAAUGCAAACCAUCUCCUCACGGACGUUUCCAGCAGUCGCUGGCUUCAACGCGGUUGGGCACAUCAAGAGUACGUCAUGUCAGCCCGCCUGGUGGUCUUCGGGCCUCACUUUGUCCACUUCCUCUGCCCAUCCAUAACGGCUGCAGAGAAUGAGGAGCCUGCGAGCGUUCAGUGGCAGUUCCUUCUUCGCGGUGUCGCGACAGAUCCCGAAGAACUAUAUAAUGAAUGGGGUAAGAGUAUCGCCCCCAUUUAUUCGGAUAGGCAAUUCACAAAGCCCGAGGACGCCCUGCCGGCAAUAUCAGGCCUCGCAAGGUAUUUCUCAAUUGUUUUGGCGGACGAAUAUAUCGCCGGACUCUGGAAAAGGGACAUGAUAAGGGGGCUUAUAUGGUCAUAUUGUCGGUACCCAGGAACAGGCUUUUACGGCAUCAACGAUCUUCUCGAGAGGUUGAACCAGAGGGCUCCAUACAUUGCCCCUUCCUGGUCGUGGAUUGGGCGGCGAAACAUUGACAUGGAUCUCUACCGGCAGAUACAGGACACUCGCGGAGACUUUCAAAGCCUUUGCGAUAUUGAAGCAACCGUAGAUGUCCAGGGCCAGAAUCCCUUUGGUCGAAUCUCACAUGCGCAGCUGAGGGUCACUGCUCCAACAUACACCUUUUCCGAUACUGCAGUCUCUCAAAAUGCUCCUGACAGAGGGUCUGUUGAAAUCAGUCUGCCAGAGGGAACAGUGGUAUUUUGCACCAUCGACUGGACUUGUAGCAGGCUAGAGGGUCAGUUUAAGUUGAUCGUGAUUGGAUCGGUAGAUUGGGAGAAAACCUCAAAGAGUCGCGCACAGCGCAAAGCAGUCGGGUCAACGCUUGGCAAUUUGUCUGAUGGCGAGUCUUUAGAGAAGGAGACCACCGAUAUCUAUGGCCUUCUUUUACACGUGGCGCCCCACGACGACCGAUUCUAUCGGGUGGGUGUAUUUAACUCGUAUUCUCAAGCCGGUGGAGGGAUUCAGCUUUUGAAUUCCUGCGAUAGAGAGACAAUCUACAUCAUAUAG